ACCGUCAUGAACAUGAACGUCAGAAUUUGACUUUUGAAGUGGCAUUUGCCGAUUAAUGUUGGUUGCGUUUUUUACAAGUACUUACGGUUUAAUAGUUUUGUUUUUAGAUUGAUUGUCCAAGUUUGUACUUAAAAGUCAAGACUUUUGAAGCAAAAUGUCCAGUGAAUCAGUUAAAUCGUUUUCAAGUUUGGAAACUCCAGGCUAUGUUGGUUUUGCUAAUCUACCCAACCAAGUUCAUCGAAAGUCAGUGAAGAAAGGCUUUGAAUUCACUCUGAUGGUGGUUGGUGAAUCUGGUCUUGGAAAAUCUACUUUAGUCAACAGCCUGUUUCUUACUGAUUUGUAUCCUGAACGAAUUGUGCCUGAUGCUAUUGAGAAAACCAACCAAACUGUGAAACUGGAUGCCUCUACUGUUGAGAUCGAGGAGAGGGGCGUAAAACUGCGUUUGACUGUGGUGGAUACCCCAGGUUACGGAGAUGCCAUCGACAACACUGAUAGUUUUCGUGCCAUAAUCCAGUACAUCGAUGAUCAGUUUGAACGAUUUCUCCGUGACGAAAGUGGCCUCAACAGACGCAAUAAAGUUGACAAUAGAAUACAUUGCUGCUUCUACUUCAUUUCGCCAUUUGGACAUGGGUUGAAACCAUUGGACAUUGAGUUCAUGAAACAGCUCCACAAUAAAGUUAACAUAGUUCCUGUGAUAGCUAAAGCUGAUGUUCUUGUGAAGAAAGAGGUUCUAAGACUCAAGAAAAAGGUCAUGGAGGAAAUUGAGAAGCACCAAAUCAAGAUAUAUCCAUUGCCAGAUUGUGACAGUGACGAGGAUGAAGAUUACAAGGAUCAGCUGCGACAGUUGAAAGAAUCGGUGCCAUUUGCUGUGUGUGGAUCUAACACCCUGCUGGAAGUAAGAGGACGCAAAGUCCGUGGCAGACUCUACCCGUGGGGGGUGGUGGAAGUGGAAAACCCCGAGCACUGUGACUUCAUCAAGCUGAGGACAAUGCUCAUAACACACAUGCAAGAUUUGCAAGAAGUUACCCAUGAGGUUCACUAUGAAAACUACAGAUCCGAGCGGUUAGCCAAGGGUGCACCUGUACCAAAACGAACCACGUCGCUUCCUGAUCAUGAGAAGACAGAUGACAAGGACAGAAUCCUGCAAGAAAAGGAGGCGGAAUUGAGAAAAAUGAAGGAGGCCCUUGCAAAGAUGCAAGCUCAAAUGCAAAUAAAACACAACUAGUACUGCUGGCUGCCUUAUAUGGAACUUUUGUCUCAACUAAUGAUGUGCUUUUGAUAUAAGGAUUUAUUUAUAUAUUGUUUAGUAAGUUGCAUAAAAUGACUAUGAUGCGUACGUAUAUAGUUACUAUAAGCAUUGUUAUUUUGUAAUCAAACGGACAGUAUAACCAUUGUAUUCUAGUUAGUUAUAAAGAAUACUCGUUAAUAAUUUUUCAUAAUUUUAUAUUUACAUUGACUGAGAAACGCAAUACCUUUGAACCUCAUUGUCUUUUUUUGUACGAUUAUGUUUUUGUAAACAUAAUUAAUUUUGUCUAAUUGAGCUUAUUUUGCUUUGGAAGAACUUUAAUGUUGGUAAACUAGUCACUAUUAAAGAAAGACAUCGAAUUGUUUAAGCUCUAUUUUGAAUUAAAUUGAACUCUAUUCUAGAAGCUAGCUGUAAGAAUCUCAGAAAAUUCCUUAUCAUAUUUUAUUAAUACCGAAUAAAAUAUUUUUAGUA